AAUUGUUCUUCGGCAGGGCAUCGCAGGACAUUGCCCGCCAAGCACAGGGUGUGUGAGCCUUCUUCCGCAAUGUAUAAAGAUUGAGACUUGCUUGCAGCGUGAGCGGAAAGGCCACAGCACCUCUGCCGCCAUCUUUUCCGGCCGCAUCCUCCUUUCCCUUUAUUGGAGUCUUACAUAGUGACUCCGCCAUCACCCAGACACUCCUUGCUAUCAACUUCAACAUGCGUUGUGCCCUGCUGUUCUUUUGGGCCGUGGCUUCUUGCCUAGCCCUCCAGAACCAACUGGACCACAGACGAUCUCUUUCUCCGCGACAAGUGGUCGAGUCUGACACGACAGUGAUCUCAGAACAUAUCGUGACCAGCUUCACCCAAGUAACCGACACCUACACUACCAUCCAAACCUACUUCGAGGAGACCUACAAGACUUUGUACACGCAAACAACAAUUCAAGAGGCCGGGGCCACCUUGACCCAAUUCCAACAAAGGUUGGAAGAGAGUGUCACCGUGAUCGGGGGAGGCUGUAACUGCGAUGUCGCAGGGGUCAAGACGGAAAUCAUCGAAUCAUCAGUCACGGUGUGGUUUACCCGCCUACAAUACAUGGUGCAAAUUUGCAGGCAACGUUUCUACUCGCAAUACACGACCUACUUUGGCACCACAUUCACAAGGAUCAGUGAACACUUGCAGGUAGCUCUUGCAGUCACCUACAACACCGGUAUCAACAUCGAUCACAUCGUUACCCACGUUUUCCGGACCGCAAGAAUCGAUUCCACCAUCUUAUCCUCUGUCAACAUCAAGACCACCAGCUUCACUCGCAUCUCAGAGACAGUCACGAAACGACAGGGUGUAUUUGCUCGCAUCCCUCCACCGACCGGCCCACGGGAGCCUAAACGCCUCCAAGCAGUCCUCAGAGCCGCUCACAAUUCCAGCAGCCCGGUCGACGCCUCUCACAAAACUGGGGCAACAAGGGACGGCCGUCACAACUCCACUCUGCCUGUGGAUAGCGUCCAUCGCCCCUCCGUAAACGGCUCCACUCCCCCUGUGGAUAGCGUCCAUCGCCCCUCCACAAACGGGUCCAGAACCCCCUGGGACAGUGACCACAAAUCUCGACCAACCACGCCAACUACCCCCGGCGGCUCGAAUGCAGGUACCGGCUUGAACUCCACUGUUCCAGGCACUGGCCACCACAGCACCCCGCCCAGUGGUGGAUACAAGCCAGAACCCCCAACCGCCUCAGAUCACCUCCCCAAUCAGUCCAACCGCGUAGGAAUGCCUCCAUCGCCUGGUACCACUGGAAAUCAGCCUUAUGUUAACAACCCCAACCAUGGAAAAGUCGGAGAGACCCCUUCUCCAUAUGGGCACCAAACCGGUAAUUCUCCAUACGGGCACCCAACCGGCAAUUCUGGAUUCGGACAGGGUGCGGCGCCCGGCACCACUGGAACUUCGCCCUUUAGUCCUUAUCGACAGCCUGGGACUGGUCCAUACGCCACCCCGAACAACAAUGCGGGGAUGAACCACGCUGGGGCCUCGAACGAAAUGACGAAUGCGCCAUACGGACAUCCUGGAAGCGCUGGAAACAAACCGUCCUAUGGAAACCCUGUUGGAGCUCCAGCUUAUGGCGGCGCUGGUCAAUCUCAAUGGAACGCUCCCAAGCCACCAUCCAACUUCGGCAACACAGGUAAUGGCUUUUCCUCACCACCCUCGGCUACUCACGGAGCAAACAGCGGUUCCGGAACUCAGGAGCACGGCAGCGGCUUCGGAGCUCCAAACGCUGGCGCAGGCUUCUCCAGCUCCGCCCCAUCGACCGAGCACAAAGCCCCCUCUACAGGGUCGAAUGAAGAUCCAAACCACAAGAAAACCCCUUAGGUUCACUGGCACGAGCUAUCGGUAGUCAAGGUUAGGCGUGGGUUGUUGAGAUGUUAUAUGUCUUGUUAUCACGUCCUCGUUGUUCUACACUCGUUUUUUUCGUCCUCUAUGUCCUUCUUUUUCUUGUCCCCUCUUGAGUCUACUCGUCUUUAUUUUAUCUCGUUUGGUUCUAUUUCUUUUGGGUCCUUGUGCAAACCGAGCUCGCUGAAACAAAGAAGGAAAAGCAUCCAAGAUGGUACAGUCAUUCACAUAGUCUACUUGAGCUGUUUUUUCUCUGUAUUCAGUUUCUAUUUUGGAAUAUAAUUUUCAUCUCUCCCUGC